UAAUGGCAGACUCGUACAUCAUAGCUAUAGACUUUGGAACUGCAUACAGUGGGUAUGCCUUCAAUAUUACUCCCAGUGCAGAAGACACUGAUCCCCACUUAAAGAUGUGGGGCAAAGAAGUUGGAUUCAACACUCCAAAGACGCCAACCUGCAUCCUGUUUGAUGACUCUGAAGAAUUCAUGAACUUCGGCUAUGAAGCCGUUGAAAGAUACAAAAAGAUGGGAGGGAAGGAAGCAAAGAAAUACCAUUUUUUUGAAAAUUUUAAGAUGGCUCUCUAUGGCACAGAAAUUAAAAGAGAUCUGAAAAUCAAAUCAGCCAAUGGGAAGGAAAUGAUGGCCCUGAAGGUUUUUAAAGAGGCUCUGAGAUUUCUGAAGGAAGAUGCCCUGAAAACCAUCACAUUAAAUACAGCAGGUAUGGUGUUCUUGGCCUCUGACUUCACCUGGGUCCUCACUGUUCCUGCCAUCUGGGAAGAGUCAGCAAAACAGUUCAUGAGAGAAGCUGCAGUUCAGGCUGGCAUUGUGGAAGACGGAAAUGAAGAAAGACUGGUAAUUGCACUGGAACCAGAAGCUGCUUCAAUCUGGUGUAAGAAGCUUCCAUCAGACGGUUUCAUCACAGAGAAGCACAACUGUACUCCACUGGAUGAGUGUCUGGGAACUCGGUACAUUGUCAUUGACUGUGGAGGUGGAACCAUUGACAUCACUGUUCAUGAAGUUGUGGAAGAGGGAGCUCUGAAGGAGCUGCACAAGGCCUCUGGAAACAACCUGGGAGGACAAACUGUGGACAAAAAAUUCAAAGAGUUCCUUAAAGAAAUAUUCUGUGAUGGAAUCUGGGAGGAAUAUGAAGAAAAUUAUCCCAAUGAGGUUCAGAAGUUGAUGUAUGAUUUUACUCGUCUUAAACAGGUUGAUGACGAUGUUCAGUUCAUUUGUCCGUUUAAUCUGGGAAGUCUGAUUCUGAAAAAGAAAGACAUAGAGAAGAGCUUUGAGUCAGUAGAAGGUGCAUUCUGGGUUGAGGGAUCAAUCAAAAUUUCUAAAGAGAAAAUGAGAACUUUCUUUCAGGAAAGUCUAGAGGGCAUCGCCGGGAAUCUCAAGGAAAUCCUUAAAAAAGAAAGCAAAAUUGACUACAUUCUGUUGGUUGGGGGUUUUGCUAACAGCCAGAUUCUGCUUCAGUACAUUACAGAUCAGUUUAAGGAUAUCUGUAGUAUUCUGUGUCCUUUUAGAGCUCAAGAGGCAAUCCUGAGAGGAGCCAUUGAGUUUGGAAGAAAUCCAGCCUGGGUUGCAUCUCGAAAAAGUGCAUUCACCUAUGGGGUGGCCGUGUGUGAGCCCUUUCUUGAGCUCGUUCAUAAACCCGAAAAGAAAUUAAUGAUUGGCAAGGAGGAGUGGUGCAGUGAUAUGUUCAUGACAUUGGUGAAGGCAGGUGAAGAUGUGUCCUGGAAUGAGACUAGAAAACACAUUCUUUCUCCAGUAAACAAGUACCAGACAUGGAUGUCAAUGAGAUUUUUUCGCACAGAAAGGCUCUUUGCUAAGUUUGUUGAUGACUUGGGAGUCUAUGAUAUUGGUUCAUUUGAUGUUGAAAUGCCUGAUAUUAAUGGAGGCAGAGAGCGGCAGGUGAAAUUAGAAAUCCGGUUUGGCUCCACAGAGAUAACGGCCACAGCCACAGACAUGAAUACUGGCUCUAAGGGGUCGAUCCAGUUUGACUUUAUUGGAAAAGAUGAUCUGAGGGGUUUGGACACUUGUUGGUAUUUUUGUUCAGAUGAAAAAACGCUACCAGAAUGAGAUUGAUGUAGAAGAAUCAGUGCAAUAAGAGGCGAAAAUAUUUAUCUUAUUUUAAGGACUUCAUCAUUUUGAUAUGUUUUAUAAUCAUAAAAAAAAUCUGAGAAACUAAAUUCUGCUUUCCCAUUUUUAUGUUUGUGAAAGUCUGUGUUUAAUAUUCUCUGCUACCUGUAAAUGAAGAAACUCCGAGAACCAGCCUGUCAUGGUUUUGGUUCUGUUUAAGUUUUCCCUUUGAGGUUUCAUUGGUUUUAUUUCCAUUUUGUGCUAUUAUAGUUAUUUUUGAAUGUAUGUGAGUUCUUUGGUAUUUCUUGUUUGCCCUCUGCUGCUCUCUUGUGUCAGUCUCCUUCUCCUAGCUCCCUUCUAGACUCCUCUGUCCACACCUGCUCCCAAUCUGCUGAUUAGCCAGGUCUCUGUUUCUG